AUGUCCUGCAUCUUCUUCGCCUUGUUUGUUGCUUCUCUGACUGCAGUCGCAUCAAAGCAGCCUAACAUCGUUUUUAUCAUCACUGACGACCAGGACGUGAAGCUCGACUCUCUGUCCGUGCAGCCGAAAGUACAGAAGCUGCUGACGGAUGAAGGUCUGUUCUUCAAGAAUGCUUUUGUCACACAUCCGGUCUGUUGCCCCUCGAGAUCUUCAACACUGACCGGAAAGUAUACGCACAAUCACCAGACGUAUGAGAACAAUGUGAAUAGAGGCUGCAAUGCGCAGUCGUGGAGAGACAGGAAUGAGAAUAAAACGAUCGGAGCUUACAUGAGCAGAGCAGGAUAUACAACUGGAUUCUUUGGCAAGUACCUCAAUAACUAUGCUCUGAAGUCAUCAGGCAUGAACGCAUCACACGUCCCACCAGGCUGGCACAAAUGGUUUGGCCUUGUAGGCAACAGUCGUUUCUAUCACUAUUCUGUGUCCAAUGAUGGAGUUGAAGAAGCACACGGCAAUGACUACAAGAAAGACUAUUUUACAGACGUUGUCAAGAGACAAGCUAUUGCCUUUAUAGGAAAUGUCACAGAGUCAGGCAAAGACUCUCCAUUCUUCAUGUACGUUUCUACUCCUGCACCUCAUAGACCCGCAACUCCUGCUCCGCAAUAUAAUCACACGUUUGAUGGUCGUCAGGCUCCACGGACGCCGUCUUAUCAUUACGAUGGAACAGACAAACACUGGAUUAUAUCUAAAGGGACGCCACAUAUGAACAAUCAGACGGUUGAAAUUGUUGAUCAGCUCUUUCGUCAGCGUUGGGAAACUCUCCUGUCUGUUGACGAUCUUGUAGAAGAACUAUUGGCAACACUUGAGAAGAAGAAUCUGAUGAACAACACAUUUAUCUUCUACAACAGUGAUCAUGGUUAUCACUUGGGUCAAUUCAAUCAACAGGGUGAGAAACGUCAGCCGUAUGAUGAAGACAUCCGAGUGCCUCUCAUAGUUCGUGGUCCUGGCAUCGCCAAGAACCAAACAGCCGACACAAUCGCACUAAACAUUGACCUGCUGCCGACGUUUAUUGAUCUUGCUGGUGGUGAGAUUCCAGAUGAUGUUGAUGGUCGAAGCUUGAAGCCCAUCCUGAUGGGCCAAACAACGAAGAAUACUGUGAGUUGGCGUUCAGACUUUCUCGUUGAGUAUUGGGGAGAAGGAAAUCCUUGCAUGGGUCACAUGGCUUCCAAAGAGCAAGUUUUCUUACAUGAUUGCCAUAAUAAUACGUUUGUUGGCAUCCGGUCAUUGAAAUCUGGUGAUAACACUCUUUAUGCCGAAUUCUUUGCCAACGACUCGGCUCCAGUUGCAAUUGACAACUUCAACUUUGAAGAAUACUACGAUCUGGACAAAGACUACUGGCAGCUACACAACAUGAUCCAUCAGGUUGACCCGAACACAAGAACAACAAUACGGGAUCGACUGAAAAAGUUUGCAACAUGCAGCGGUACUUCAUGUCACAUUUGAAUUUGACUCGCAAUGAAGCUUGCGUGCUAGAUGUACAGUCUAACAGUCUAACACUGUUUUCUAUUUCCUACACUUUUGCAGUUUGCUGCAUUGCUUUGCAUUUUAGUGGUUUUGUCGUAGACUUAGCAGGUUGUUGCAUUGUUGGUAUUUGAUCAGAAAUGGCCAAGGCUGCAUGGUGCCUUUGUGUGGCACCAGG